AUGGCGGACUCCACGGCCAUGACCGUCGACUUCCUCCGCGCGCGGCUGCUCUCCGAGCGGUCCGUCUCCCGUGCCGCCAAGGAGCGCGCCGACCAGCUCGCCAAGAAGGUUGCGGACCUGGAGGAGCAGGUCCGGGCGGUGACGGCGCAGAGGCGGCAGGCUGAGCGGGCGGCGACGGAGGUGCUGGCCAUUCUGGAGUCCCAAGGGUUCGGUGGCCACCUCUCCGACGUGCUCGACUCGGGCUCCGAUCACGAUGGCGAGGAUGAUGACGAUGACGACCCACGCGAGGCGAGGAGCGACGGCGACACGGCCGGCUCCCGCGGGGAGGAGAAGACAGCGGCGCCGGCGCAGGGUGAAGCGGAGGACGCGCUGUCCGGGACGGCCCGGCCCGGCGGGCUGUCGUGGAAAGGCCGCAGCGUGAGCCCGCGCAAGGCGAGGCAGCUCAAGCAGAAGCACCGGAGGAGCUACUUCUACCUCCUCUCCUCCGAUCCCUCGCCCAAGUACCGGAUGGGGCAGUCCUGCCGGAAGAACAAACGCAAGGAGCUCAGCAAUGGCAGGUCGACGCCACCGGAAGAGGAGAGCGGCGACGUCGCAGAACUCGCGGGGAGCCAGAAGGGGCAGCAAGAUGGAUCGGAUUGCACCGACUAUGGCCAGCCUGACGUGGACGGCGUGGUGGGCGGAGAUGACCGGAGCUCAGCGGACGUUGGUGGCCAGUAUGUGAUCAGGUACGAGAAGGACGGCGAGAUGGAGAGGGUGCUCGAGAGGCAGGCCGAGCUGAUCGGCCAGUAUGAGGCGGAGGAAGAAGCUCAGAGGCAGUGGGAGAAGCAGUUCAACGAGAACCGGAGCUCAACCAAGGGUCAUAAUAAGAUGUGCCAAAUUGAAAAUGGUUGGAAGCAGAGCAAAGAACAUGCUAGGAUCGCGGAUAAAGCGGUACAUUGCAACGAAGAGGCAAAAUCAAGCGUUAAAAAUCUCGUCAGCGCCAGUAACAACCGCUCUGCUGGCCGUCUGUCGAAUGGUUCCCUUUCUGAAUCACCCCAAAACACGUCAGGACAGCAAUCUGCUGCCGACCAACGUGACGCACACGAGGAGCAUCAAAACUGUCAUGCACAGUCUCAAGGAAGCUCCAAUGGCGUCGGCGCAACGACAGGGAAGAAUAAAGACCAAGGAAACGAGAGUCCAGACGGUUGUUCAAGCUACUGUGCCAUCAAAGCGCUAUCAGAUGGGAGCCCGUCAACCAGCGACACCGCUCUGAACAGCAAGGUCUCUGACUGGAGCCCGUCACGCUUCCAUGACCAUGGCGACAACCAGCUCUUCGCACGGCCAGAUCAACAGCCAAGAAGCAACGUGGACAUAGAGAGUGUUCUACAAGCUCUUCAGCUUGCAAGGAUUUCCCUGAGCCAGAAGCUGAGCAAGCCAGUUCCACCCAGCCAGGUGACUCUGGCGCUUCCGGCACCAGGUGAUGACGACCAUACAGAAGAAGACGGCUACUCCCCUGUCGACGAAGAGUUCAAUUCUGCUAGAGAUGAACUCUGCAGCUCGAGCCCGUCUCGUGAUCAGGAGAUACUGGCUCUCCCUGCACCAGAGGAUUACCAUGAAAGGGAUGAUUGGCCGGUCAAUGACGCCACCAUUUCGGUGCCGUCAGAAGAACAGGUCAGUUCAAGCCCACACCGGCAGGAGAUCCUGGCUCUCCCAGCUCCAGGAGAUGCUUGCCACAGCGAGAUAGUGGAUGACAUCAAGAUACCUAUCUGCACUGCCGGCUUGUUCCGGUUGCCAACAGACUCAUUUCCUAAGGACGAGAUGCUCUCAAGCUGCAGCAAAUAUGGUUCAGAGCUCAAUCUGGGACCAACUGCAGCUCCUCGCAAGAACGCCUUCGCGAGCAACGCUGACGCUCGUAUCACAGUAGCUCCGUCAGUGAUCAGAGAUGAUCAUGGCUUUUCAGCGAAGCAAUGUUACGAUCCACACGAUUCUGUGCUGCUCUCUGUGCCUACUUCUGGUAGGUGUAGCACUCGAAGUUCAGAUUUCACCAUAGGAAUUCCAGGACUUGCCGAAGACUAUAGGAAGGGGAGAUCCCUUUCAGAUGCAGACUUGUUCAUGCAGCGUGGCUGCGAUUACACUGUUUCUAAUAAGUGGAUGCUGUAGCUAUUUGUAACAUGCAUGAAUUUGUUCUCUUUGCUUUACUAGUAGUUAAGGAGCACUCUCUUUGCUUUACUAGUAGUUAAGGAGCACUGAUCAUGGACAAUUGCUCAUGGGUGCAUAUCCUUUGUGAAAAGAUGCUCGACAUUAGGUGAGAUUUGUCUUUGACCAAAACAUAGGAAGUGCCACCACUUUUCGGCCGACUGGUAUGUUCAAGUGCAUUUGCUAACUCGCAGCCUUGCAGGUCACAAGGAAGCAGUAGCCUUGCGCCAUUGGAUGGCCUGUGGCUAACCAUUUAUCCUGGGUUCCCAGUUCUUGUCCAUUAUUUAUGCCGCGUGCCCGGCACUCAUGAUAGCGGAGUGUUGCUUCGGAAUCAAACUUUGCGAUACAU